GGAAAUACACGGUGUACCCCAGGCCUUGCUUGUUUAAGGAGUAGCCUGGCUGUGGGGUCAUCAGGCUGAAAUGACCUUUUAGGACAAUGGCCUUGCUGUUUGCGGCUCCGACCCUCAGCCUCCUUGCAAGGGGACUGCGUGGGUCUUUAGGAGUGAUUGCGGGUAACGCUGCCUCACACACACACACACACACACACACACACACACGCACAACUACACCUUAUGAGGAAGGUGGCCAAAUGGCUGAGAAAAGAUUGACGUGCAAAAGACACAUCAUCUCAUUUAUUUAUAGCCACGUCUCACUAUCACCUUUUUUUCUUUUUUUUCUUUUUAUACCCUGUCUCGUUGUUCUACUUGGGAAGGGGAGAAUGCCUCAAGUGCAUGCGUGUCCGUCCAUUGCCCUUUCUCGUCUCGGGACUUUGAAGCGGCGUCUUUUGGAAAUCCCCCGGUUUGCUCUCCCCGCACCUUUCUGAGCGGAGCCCCUGUCCAGUCCUGUGGAUUUCCCUUGUCUCUCGGGUAGUUCAUUCACUCUGGACACACGCAGGCAGGAAGAGACGUACCACUCAGCGAGAGGGAUUAUUUGGUCGCUGUUUGUGAACCGGAAACGGAAAGUUAGCUUCUUUAAUGCACCAAAAACACGACAGAAUAUCCUUCCCACAGCAGCCAGCGGCAGGUGGCGGACAGGACAGGACGGGACGGGCACUGAGCAGGCCCCGCCUCGCCCUUGGGAAGCAGCGCCUGUGCCCUCUGCCCCCUCUCUCGGCCGUUCCAGGGCCUCCAGGGCCGCGGGAGGAAGAAGGGCAUGUCCAGCAGCAGCACCACCAGCAUCUCGCAGGCCCGCAAGGCCGUGGAGCAGCUCAAGAUGGAAGCCUGCAUGGACCGGGUGAAGGUGUCCCAGGCCGCAGCGGACCUGCUGGCCUACUGUGAGGCCCACCUCCGGGAGGACCCGCUCAUCAUCCCCGUGCCGGCGUCCGAAAACCCGUUCCGGGAGAAGAAGUUCUUCUGCACCAUCCUCUGACGCCCUUGGCCAUGCAGCACCUCCUUUUCCGGACCGCCCCACGGGAACCCACAUGCCUGUAGCUUUAGGGAGCCCCCUCCCCGCCCUGCCCGUCCCUGCUCAGCCACCCUCGGGGGGCUGGUCUCGUCUGUCCCUUGGGUUUCAUGAUUGUAAAGAUUUCACUUUUUCUUUCCGUUUUCAUGUUAUUUUCUUAAAAUACAUUUUUGUUUAUUUCAGAGAGGAAGGCAUGGGGCGUGCCUGUGGUGGGCAGCUGUCAUUGUGUUCCCAGUUUGGCUGUCCAGCAUCUGACCCCCCUUCCGUAGGACGGAAUCACCCCUUGCAAGUCCACUGAGUGGGAUGCAGUGUCCCCGCACUUGUGGUUGCCCACAUUCCCUCCGGGGUGCACCCCCUUCCUGGCACCGACUGGCCAGUUUGUGAAAAUCCUUCCAGCUGUGCACGUUGCAUUCGUGCACUUUCCUGUACCCGUGUUAUACGUCAAUAAAAAGUUGGCUUGGUGGCCAGCAGUCAAGGAU